AUGUCGGCAAUGGCUCCUUUUGAACGUGGCCUUAAUGGCACUCCCACCACAAUGUGGGAUCCGAGCCAGGCGUUGGCGGCACGCCUAGGUGCGGCUUCGGCCGUGCCAGCCUCCAAUUUCUGUUCUGUUGGUCCAAAACCUGGUUAUCUGUUGUGUGGACCAGGGGAUGCGGAGUGGAGCGCCAAGAUGAGGAUAGAUCCAGGUGAUCCACCUACGGCCUCCCUCGUCUUCGGUCUUCUUGACUCUGUCUUGACACCGGGCUCAGGUGAGGGAGGAGAGAGUGUGGUAGAUGCAGCACAAAUCUACCGACACUAUUAACCCCUAAACAUGCCACUGUCCCAGCUCCCACCCUGCUUUGGGGCAUACGGUGGACAUCGGCGAACUCGACGUUCAAACUAUCAUGUGUGUGUGUUUGCUGGGGUGUAGGGGUGUCAGCGGUGGGUUCACGUGAUGGUCGUAGUGGUCGCUCACUUGCUUGCAGGUAAGACUACGCCUAGCGUCCAUUUGCUGACACCCAACUCUCACCUGUGGCUCCACGUAGCUGAGCUCUGCUCAAUGGCCACACCCCCCGCAACCGCCCCGACCGGCGGACUAAACCAGGUAAGGGUAUCCUUGCGCGUGCCUGCUCACACGGUAUUGUGGUCUCCGCUGGCCGGAUGGAUCUUCGCGUCGACAUCGUCGAGACGAGGCUCUGCCUGGACCAUCGCAGUGAUUUUUCAGGGAAGUGAAUUUCCUUUGUUCCUUUUUUUGUCUGUUUAAGUUUCGUGUUGUAUGCUGCUCCUGUUGCCUGCUCUCUAUAUGUUAUUCCUUGCCUCUGUCUGUUAAUAGCUAGAUGAAAACUGUGCUUUAUCUCGACUGAUGUCAUUCCUAACUUGUCGCACUCGCCUUCCUAUUUGCCUGUUUAAUUACUGCUGACUGUCGCUGUUGAUGUCUGCUGCGACUGUUUUUCUGUAUGUCAUUCUAUGGCUCUCUGCUAACAGUUAGGUGUUACUGUCACUUCUGCUUCUGACUAAUGACUGUAUUUGAUUGUCCAUUCCAGUUGUAAGUCCCGUAGCAUACUGUUGGUGUGUUUGCCCUCUCCUACUUAACUCCACCACAUCACCACCAAGGUCCCAGACUAACUCGGGUCGUUCACUCACUAACAAAAAGUCGUGGCCCAUAGUGGAGACCGGCAGUCGUCUGGGAUAACCGGGCAGCCCUAUUUAGGGGGUGCGCUGCCUGCCCUCGCGAGGGAGAGGGGGCUAGAAUAGGUGCCCAAAAAUUGCUAAGAACAACGCUGUCUGUAGGCUCGCCGUGGCCGCAGACAAAACACACACGAUCGAAACAGCCAAAACCGAAACAACAACAACAAUCUCUCUUUCUUAUCCAGCCUAUUCUCCUUCCUCCCCUAGUCGUAGUUUUCGCCGCCGCAAUCGCCAGACUGGCAGGGUGAGUCCGCUCACUCUGGCAACCAGGAAUGUUCGUUCACUGUUAGACAAUCCAAGGAGCAACCGACCGGAACGGAGGGCGGCGCUUGUGGCUCGGGAACUAGCGCGCUACAAGGUGGACAUCGCCGCACUCAGCGAGACCCGAUUCUCCGAACAAGGCCAACUGGAGGAGGUGGGUGCCGGUUACAUCUUCUUUUGGAGUGGUCGGCCCAGGGCAGAGCGACAAGACGCGGGUGUCGCCUUCGCCACCCUGAACGAUAUCGUGGGACGACUGCCCAGUCUGCCGCAGGGCAUCAACGAUCGCCUGAUGAGCCUCCGUCUGCCUCUCCGGGGUGGGGGCUAAUUCGCCACCAUUAUCAGCGCCUACGCUCCGACGAUGAGCAGCCCCGACGCCGCCGCAAGAGACAAAUUAUAUGAGGACCUGCACGCCCUCUUGCGACUGUGUCGGGGGCGGACAAGUUGAUUGACUUUGGUGACUUCAACGCCCGCGUCGGCACAGACCAUACAGCCUGGGGAGGAGCGCUGGGUCCCCAUGGUUUCGCGGCUCAAACGACAAUGGUCUGCUGCUUCUCCGCACCUGCGCAGAACACCGGCUCAUCCUGACGAACACGUUCUUCUGUCUGCUGGAUCGACAGAAGGCCACCUGGAGGCAUCCUCGGUCGCGUCAGUGGCACCUGCUGGACUAUAUCCUCGUCCAGAGGCGAGAACAGUGAGACGUGCUGGUGAAAAAGGCGAUCGCGGGAGUUCACGGGUGGACCGACCAUUGCCUCGUCAUUUCGAAGAUGCGUAUUCGCCUACAGCCUCGCAGGAGACCACAAGGUAAGCGACUUUCCGGUAAGCUGAAUAUUUCGUUGUUGUCUUUGCCCGCACACCAUCUGCAUUUCAGCAAUGAGCUAGCUCAACGGUUAGACAACCUUCCCACCGCGGCUGCCGACGUCUCCGCUGCCAAGAACGCCUCCGUGGAGAACCGCUGGUGUCAACUGCGAGACACGGUCUAGUCGACGGCGCUCGCCGUCCUCGGUCGCGCCCGCCGCCAACACCAGAACUGGUUCGACGACAACGACGCCGUCAUCAGUAAUCUGCUCGCUGAGAAGAACCGCCUACACAAAGCCUACGUAGACCGCCCUACUGAUGCCAACAAAGCUGCUUUCUACCGCUGUCGCCGCCAGCAUCAGCAACGACUGUGCGAGAUGCAGGCAGCCUGGACUGCUCGUAAAUCUGAGGAGAUCAAGGCUACGCGGACAGCAACGAAUGAAAGAACUUCUUCUCCGUGAUCAAAGCUGUCUACGGACCGCCGCCGAAGGGAACUGCUCCUCUACUCAGCGCCUGCGGAGGCACCCUCCCGACUGAGAAGAAACAAAAUCUACAGCGAUGGACCGAGCAUUUUCGAGGCGUGCUCAAUUGCCCCUCCGCCAUCUCUGACGCCGCCAUCGACCGCCUGCCGCAAGUGGAGACCAACGUGGACCUCGACCUCCCGCCAUCUCGCCCGGAGAACAUCAGGGCCGUGCAGCAGCCCUCCAGCGGGAAAGCACCCGGAUCGGUCGCGAUUCCUGCUGAGGUCUACAAGCACGGAGGUCCCUAA